AUGGCCACUCUUCACUACCUUCCCCCAGUCAAGCCCUCUGCCAUCGCCCUUGGCACGGUUUUUACCCACGUCGCUUCCCUCGCCAUCCUUGGCCCAGUCUUCGGCGAGACCUACCGCCAGGCCCAGCAGGCCAACAGCUCUGAGGAGGCCUUCAAGAACAAGCAGACCGCCGCUGCCGCCGCUGCAUGGGGUACGUCCCUCGCUGGCGCUGCCCUCCAGUCGUACGGCGUUGGUGCCCUUCUCAAUGCCACCGGCACUCUUAGCUACAAGGGCGCUGCCUACAUGGGCGCCCUGAUCUUCGCCGCCAGCUCUGCUCCUUCGUUCGUUGCCCAGAUCUUCACCGAGAAGCGCCCUCUUGACACCGUCGCCGUUGGUGCCCUUGCUCGCGUCUUCGAGACCGUCGGUCUCUCCUUGUUCAUGACCUACUGGGGCACCCGUACCUCCACCUUCGUCUAG